AUGAAGGUCGCCGUCGCUCUCAGCCUCAUCUCACUGGCCGUCGCAGUGCCUCCCAAGCGGCCCCCGAGCCCUGUCCUCAGUGAAGACUUCAACAACUUUAAGAACCCUAACAACUUUAACAAGAUGAAUAAUUUUGCGCCUCCUGCCCAGCGUCCCCCAAGUCCUGCGCUGAGUGACGCUGGCACGCAACCUGCUCCCCUGCAACCGGCUACCCCGAUCCCCGCCAACAUCCAAGGUCUCGAUGCCUCAUUCAGCGUCAAAUGCGGAAAGUCCACAGUCCUAGGAGAAGACAUCCACCGAGCCAUUUCCCUCGGAGUCAGCCUAGACCGCCAGAGGACACAACUGGCUAGAUUUCCGCAUGAUUACUCCAAUUAUGAGAACUUCAAAUUCCGACACAAAAACUGCAAUAGGAACAAUGGGCUCCACCGUAGAGAGAUGGCCAUCGUCAAGGGGGAAUAUUUCAAUGGGAGAUGGGAAGAUGUGAAACGGUUCCGGGCCAUUUUCCUACAUGAUCCCAGCUCGCCGGUGGAUCAGAACGGCAGACCAAGUGCGAUCUACUGUGGGACGAUCUAUCAUCCACGGGGGACGAAUGCGUUUAAUGGGUGUGAUGUUAGGAAAUUGGAGUCAAGGGUAGCCGUUUGA